GUUUAAUUGGGCUCGGAGGGUAAUUAGGGUUCGAUUGAGCCCAAAUGACUCCACAUAAGUUUGUGGAGCUCCGUCUCAUCCCGCGCUUCUCUGAUUGUCAAAUCGUCGAUGGCGCGGAAACGUCGCCGUUCAAAGAAUGGUGGAAAGCUUUCCAUUCCAAGAGGAACAUGAAGAACCCGGAGACGACGAAGGUGUUAGCGCGGCGGUUGAGAAGUACUGGUUUCAAAGGUUCAAUCUCUUCUCCAAGUACGACGAGGGCAUAAAGAUGGAUGAAGAGGGGUGGUUUUCCGUCACACCGGAGAAAAUCGCCGCCAGGCAAGCCCAACGGUGCUGCGGCGCUGUUGUGAUAGAUGCUUUCACGGGCGUGGGUGGAAAUGCCAUUCAACUUGCCGCGAAGUAUAAUCAUGUACUUGCUAUUGACAUUGACCCUAGAAAGAUUGAAAUGGCUCAAAACAAUGCAAGGAUAUACGGAGUGGAGGAAUACAUAGAUUUUCUUACAGGGGAUUUUUUCCAAUUGGCACCAUUUCUGAAGGGAGAUGUGGUAUUUCUUUCUCCCCCGUGGGGUGGCCCCGCAUAUAAGUUGAGAGACACCUAUACCCUAGACCUCCUGAAACCAAAAGAUGGUUAUUCACUAUUUCAGGUUGCACACAACAUUACAACGAAUAUUAUUAUGUUCUUGCCUCGUAACAUGGACUUGAUUCAAGUGGAACAGCUUGCUUGGUUAUCUUCCCCCCCUCUACAAAACCAGGUAAUGAUCUGGAUGUAUCAAAAGAUGAGGAUCGAAAGUUGAAAGUGGUUUCCGGGAUUGGUGGCAGAAUAAUAUCCAUGGAGCAUCUUCCUACUGAAACUCAGUGGCUUUACGGCCAGAGUAGAUAUAAACGGGUAUGCAGAAUAUAGUGGAUUUGUGUAUAGCUCUGCAGGAUGCAUGGAAGAGUAUUAUGUCAUUAAAAAGGAUCAAGAGCAUGCAGGAGGAGUCAAAUCUUUUGCAUUACAAGGAAAUAAGGAAGUUUUGGUUCAAUGGAGACAACUGAUUUUGAAGAUUUUUGGGAAGGUUUCAUACUGUCUCUCGAUCUUUACUGCUAAUACAGUUCAAGAUAUACUCCGCAUCCGUUCUGUUCUGUUUGAGUUGUGCAUAGCUAUUCGUUCGCAUGUUCAGCUUCUGUGUAAUAAUGUGUGUGCUUCAUAUUUAUCAGCUAAUCCUAUUCAACAUGGUCGCAAUAGACAUAACAUAUUAAUAUUGAUUAUCGUUUUGUUUCUGAGAGUUUCACAUGGAGAUCUAGUUGUUCGUUAUGUUCCUACACAUCUACAGCUUGUGGAUAUUUUUACCAAGAGUCUUCUUCCACUACUAUUUCUUUUUCUUCAUGACAAUCUGCACGUAGUCCCUCUGGCAUAGAUUGUGGGGGGCGUAAUAAUUUAUUUUAUGCCUAAAAUAGGUUUUGUAUAUUUAAUAGGAAUCCUUGUGUAAUUCAAACUCAUUUAUUACUUAUAUAUAUGAUAUUGGUUAUCGGUCCGGUAAGCCUCAUUUUUAUUCUCAUAACGCCCACCUCAUUUUUAUUCUCAUAACGCCCACCUCAUUUUUAUUCUCAUAAAUGCCCUUCACACGUUACAAAACGACCUUUGUUGUGCAGAUUGAAAAAAACAAGCUUCACGGUCACAUGAAAGGCAUAACCGCUUAUUUUGGCGAUAUUGCAACACCUUAACUCGGCUCAGUUCGGCUCGGCUCAGUUCGGCUCGGCUCAGCUUUAUUCAUUAAAUUAGCAAUGUACGCACAAUCCUGAUAGAUGCCCAAAGUUAUGAGUAACGAGCAGUCACAUUUGACAAAUGUUUUAUUUUGAAGGACAAUGAUGUCCUUUAAACGUAUAAAAAUUGGAAGUUCGUAAUGGUAGCUAUACUCCGUAUAAAACUUCAAGUAACCUCUUUAUCAUGCAGUGGUUCAAAUUAAACAAAUGCAAAAAGUACUAAUAUUUGG